AUGGAUACUAAAAACCCGAACAAGGAUUUCCGCACAACACCAGAGUAUGCAGAGUACCAGGCAGAGAACUUCUGGGCCAGCAAUGAAGGCAAGGUGCCGCCGUUCAAUACGGAACCGGCCCAGCUCGAACAGCGUGCCAAGGAGAAGCUGAGCGAAGGCGGCUGGUUCUAUGCCUCCUCCAACGCUGGCCAAUCCACCACCCACCUUGCCAACCGCCAAUCCUUCUACCGCCAUAAGAUCGUUCCGAAGAUGCUCGUCGACACCAACAAGCGGGACACCAAGCACGAGAUCUGGGGCCACAAGGUCAGCGCGCCCGUCGGCUUCGCUCCGGUCGGCAUCAACAAGAUCUACCACCCACUCGGUGAGCUACCAGUGGCCAAGGUCGCGAAGGAGCUCAAUCUGCCAUACUGUCUAAGCACGGCGGGAUCAACAUCGAUCGAAGAAGUAGCUGCAGCGAACGGCGAGGGGCCGCGCUUCUUCCAGCUGUACAUGCCACAUGACGACGAAUUGACCGUCUCUCUCCUCACCCGCGCCUUCAACUCCGGCUUCACAGCCUGCAUCCUGACAGUAGACACAUGGCAGCUGGGCUGGCGACACAACGACAUCAACACGUCCAACUACGCCUUCUACCACGGCAUCGGCGCCGACCUCGGCCUCACGGACCCGGUCUUCCAAAAGCGACUGGCUGCGGACGGUAUCGACCCCAAGACGAUGCCGAACGAAGCAGGUCGCAAGUGGAUCGACAAUGUCUGGCACGGCCGCGCACACUCGUGGGAGAAGAUUCCGUGGGUCAUCAAGACGUGGAAGGAGAUCAGUGGUGGCAAGCCGUUCGCCAUUAAGGGCAUUCAGUCUGUGUCCGAUGCUAGGAAGUGUGUGGAAGUCGGCUGCGACGGUAUCGUUGUGAGCAACCAUGCCGGCCGACAGGUCGAUGGAGCGACGGGAAGCUUGGACGCACUCGAGAACAUCGCCAAUGCCGUCGGCGACAAAAUCUACAUCAUGUUCGACAGCGGCAUCCGCGGCUCAAGCGACAUCGUCAAAGCGCUCUGCCUCGGCGCACAGUUCGUCUUCGUGGGCCGACUGUGGAUCUACGGCCUCAGCAUCAUGGGCGAGCACGGCGUGAGGCACGUCAUGAAGUCUCUGCUGGCAGAUUUGGACAUCCUGUUCAAUGUGGCGGGCAUUCAGAAUGUCGGUCAGCUGAUUGGGAAGAAGGAUGAUUGGAUUGAGAGCCAUCCGCGCGGGCAGAGCUUGCUG